GCCUCUCUCAUCCUCUGCAAACAGUCAAACCAACGAAAAAGUAGACAGACAACAUUGAGGCUAGCUGCAGGCCGCCCAGGCGGUGGGUCGUUGAAAACUUGAAAUGUGGUUUUUGUGGUUUUUCAUUCUGGCUUUUCUCUCUUUUUCUUCAUCUGUUCAUGCCAAAGAUAACAAUGGUGGCUGGAGUCACGCUCAUGCCACCUUUUAUGGAGGUGGCGAUGCUUCUGGAACAAUGGGUGGAGCUUGUGGGUAUGGGAACUUGUACAGCCAAGGGUAUGGCAUAAACACAGCAGCAGUGAGUGCAGCACUGUUCAGCAAUGGGUUAAGGUGUGGGGCUUGUUUUGAGGUGAAAUGUGUGAAUGAUCCAAAAGGGUGUCUUCCUGAUGCCUCAGUUGUGGUCACUGCCACCAAUUUCUGUCCUCCCAAUUCUGCCCUUCCUAACAAUCAAGGUGGGUGGUGCAACCCUCCCCUCCACCACUUUGACCUCUCCCAGCCUGUUUUCCAACAAAUUGCUCGUACCAAAUCAGGAAUUGUCCCUGUUUCUUAUAGAAGGGUAGCAUGCCAAAAGAAGGGAGGAAUAAGAUUCACAAUUAGCGGCCACUCAUACUUUAAUCUGGUACUAAUUACCAACGUAGGAGGUUCAGGGGAUGUCCAUGCAGUUUCCAUCAAAGGCACCAAGACCAAUUGGAUGCCAAUGUCCAGAAAUUGGGGACAGAAUUGGGAAAGCAACUCUAAGCUAGAUGGGCAAGCCCUCUCCUUCAAGGUCACCACGGGUGACGGUCGCACUGUGGUAUGCAACGAUGUGGUCCCCUCCGGAUGGUCCUUCGCCCAAACCUACAUCGGCGCCCAGUUUACUUAACUCCAAAAUUAAAUGUCGUUAGUAGUGUUGAGAGGAAAAGAGCAGAGCUUAUUUUAAAGUGGCUCUCGAUACUCUUAUUGUUAGGUUAGAAGAUUUAAAUAUAUAAGUUAAUGUUUGAAUUUCUAUCUAGGUGGUUUUAAUAAAGGGAAAAUGAUAGAUGUAUUCUCAUGGAGUAUAACUCCCGUCAUGUGUACAACUUUUAUUAGGUAAAGAAAAGUGAAUGAAUAAAAGUAGUAGCUCACUUUGUUUUUUAAAUCAA